CCUACAUACAUCUUUUUUGCAUUGCUGCCUCAAUGCGACUUCAUUUCCCCAACUUGUAAUCACCCACCGCAUCCUAUCUCAUGGCAGACGUUUCUGGACCUCACAGCGCCGGGCUCGACCCCGAUGCGCCGCCAUCCAGUGCUGGCUCUGCCGGCCACUCCGCAGCUAACGACCUACGUUCGGGUCCGCCCCCAACGAUGACGGAGGAAUUGAAGGCUAGAAUGGAUAAAGUCAUUUAUUCAGAUAUUGGUAUCACCACUCUCCUGACUCGGCUCAAGCAAAGUGUCGCCUCCGCCAAGGACUUCUCUUCCUUCCUAAAAAAACGAUCUGGUCUUGAAGAAGAGCAUGCGCAAGGCUUGAAAAAGUUGUCCCGCUCGCUCCACGACGCAGCUCAUCGCACGGAAAACCGCCAGGGCACUUAUGGUAACAGCUACAAUGACCUCAAUCGCUUUCAUGAGCGCAUGGCGGAUCAUGGACUUCAAUUCGCCGUCUCGUUGCAGCAGAUGGCCGACGACCUCAAUGAGCUAGCAACAAAUAUUGAACGUGGCCGCAAGCAAUGGAAGCAGACUGGCUUGACUGCGGAGAAAAGGGUGCUGGAGGCCGAAGCAUCCGCUGAAAAGGCAAAGGCCAAAUAUGUGUCAUUGGCUGAACAGUUGGACCGUGUGAAGACGGGCGACAGACAGGGCGGAAAGUUCGGUCUGAAGGGCCACAAGUCCUCGGCUCAGCACGAGGAGGAGCUGUCGCGCAAAGUACAGAAUGCGGAUUCGGACUACUCUGCUAAGGUCCAAGCUGCGCAGACGGCUCGACAAGAACUUGUCUCAACCCACCGCCCUACAGCCGUCAUGAACAUCCAGAAGCUGAUUUCGGAAUGCGACUCUGGCCUGGCGCUGCAGCUGCAGAAAUUUGCCACUUUCAACGAGAAGCUGUUGCUGGGACAAGGAUUGUCAAUCAGCCCCCUGAAGGAUGGCACGGCGAAUCCUGCUUUGGCGCCAAAGAGCUUGUACGAAGUUGUGUCGCAAAUUGAUAACGAGAAGGAUUUCCGUGAAUACAUUCUUAGUCACGAGAACAAUCCUGCUGCAGUGACAUCAGAACAGAUCAGAUAUCAACGGCAUCCGACUCUUGGUGGCUCUGGGUCUGUGGCAGCUGUCUCUGCACCCACAACGCAGAAUAAAAGACAGUCGACUUUCCUCCCUUCCUCCUUUUCCACACAGACCCUCUCCUCUCCACAAGCAUCUACCCAAACGUCAGCGCCAGCGCCGGCGCCGGCGCCCGCACCCACAAACGCUCCGGCGCCGGCGCCAGCUACUGAGACAUUGCCAUACCAUCAAAAUCCAGACUCGUUCAGAUCACCGCCAUACCAACCACAGCCACCUUAUCCCACAAGCUCCUCUGGUCCUCUGGAGCCGCAUCACGCUGCAGGUCAGCCACCUGUGCCGCCAGCUAAAACUCCCCUCCAUGCGCACGGCAAUGGUUUCCAGCCACACUUACCUCCUCUAAAGCCGGUGUUCGGUGUAUCAUUGGAGGAUCUGUACACACGAGAUGGGACAGCGGUACCCAUGAUCGUCUACCAAUGCUUCCAAGCUAUUGAGCUUUUCGGGCUUGAUAUGGAGGGGAUCUAUCGUCUAUCUGGAAGUGCCACCCAUAUUAGUCAAAUGAAGGCACUAUUCGACAAUGACUCAUCUCAAGUGGACUUCACCAACCCAGAAAACUUCUACCAUGACGUCAAUAGUGUCGCGGGGUUGUUGAAGCAGUUUUUUAGAGAUUUACCUGACCCAUUGUUCACAUCGCACUAUUAUACCGACUUCAUUCAUGCAGCCCGUCUUGAUGAUGACAUUGCACGCCGCGACUCCCUGCACGCGCUCGUGAACAACCUGCCUGAUGCCCACUAUGCUACCUUGCGAGCUCUGAUUCUUCAUCUCAACAAGGUCCAAGAGCACUACACGCAAAACCGUAUGAAUGCAGGCAAUAUCGCCAUCUGCUUUGGACCAACCCUCAUGGGGGCCAGCUCCAGCGGCAACAUCGCCGAUGCAGGCUGGCAAGUUCGUGUCAUCGAAACGAUCCUCGUCAACACGUUCCAAAUCUUCGACGACGAUUAGAUAUGUUCUGAUGGUGCUGCGCGGACAUGACCAAUCUUUUUUUUUUUUUUUUUUUUUU